UCUUGUAGCAACAGACUCGAGAGUGCUGGUAUCUACUGUGGAUCUAUCUGCAACAAACAGAUUUGUCUUUUUAAUUACAAAUAGAAAAGAAGAGAAAACGGAGAUGGACACAAAUGAAGGUCCGUAUGACUACUACGACUACGAUGAGACAGAAAAUUCCACCAUGUGUGACUACUCUGAGUGGACGCCAUCGUACUCUGUCAUCCCGGUGCUGUACAUGCUUAUCUUCAUCCUCGGCCUAUCUGGAAAUGGGGUGGUCAUCUUCACCGUGUGGCGAGCCCAGGGUAAGAGGCGAGCUGCUGACGUCUACAUCGGCAACCUGGCGCUGGCUGACCUCACCUUUGUGGUCACUCUUCCUCUGUGGGCCGUUUACACCGGCAUGGGCUACCACUGGCCUUUCGGAGUGGCUCUGUGUAAGAUCAGCAGCUACGUGGUCCUGCUCAACAUGUACGCCAGCGUCUUCUGCCUCACCUGCAUGAGCUUCGACCGCUACCUGGCCAUCGUCCACUCCUUGUCCAGCACCCAGCUGCGCACCCGUGGCCACAUGCAAGCCUCUCUGGCAGCCAUCUGGACGCUGUCUGGUCUCCUGGCUGCCCCGACUCUGGUCUUCCGCACCACCAAAUAUGAUGCAAACAGCAACCGCACAUCCUGCGCUAUGGACUUCAGCCUGGUGAUGACUAGGAAAGAUCAAGAGAACCUUUGGAUUGCAGGUCUCAGCAUCUCCUCCUCAGCUCUGGGUUUUCUUCUACCUUUCUUGGCGAUGAUGGUGUGCUACGGCUUCAUCGGCUGCACCGUCACCCGCCACUUCAACACUCUGCGCAAAGAGGACCAGCGUAAGAGGAGGCUGCUGAAGAUCAUCACCACACUGGUAGUGGUGUUUGCCGCCUGCUGGACGCCCUUCCACGUUGUGAAAAGUGCUGAUGCCCUCUCCUAUCUGGAGCUGUUUCCCGCCACCUGUGCGUUCCUGCGCUUCCUGCUGCUGGCUCACCCCUACGCCACCUGCCUGGCCUACGUCAACAGCUGCCUCAACCCCUUUCUCUAUGCCUUCUUUGACCUGCGUUUCAGAUCCCAGUGUCUGUGCCUGCUCAACCUGAAGAAGUCCUUGCAUGCAAGCCCUGUCAGCUCCCUGUCCUCUCAGAAGACAGAGGCUCAGUCUCUGGCCACAAAGGUGUGACAACAACUGAGGGCCCAGAUGCACACUGGGUGAACAAUGCAGAACAAUGCAAGUAAAUCAGAUCUGUACAGCACUUGGUGCUUGCUCACAGAUCGUCUGCGUUAAGUUUCGGGGUGUCACCUUUGCUCCUCUCUGGCUAGAUGGACUACUGUCUGCAUUUGCUUGAAGACAGUUGGGCCUGUAGUUUUGGGGUCUGACCACACUCAAAGUCCAGCCUAACUUUUAGGAGCAGGGAAGCAAAACUGAACUAUUCAAAACGAGGGACCAAGCAUAAACCAGACUUUUUUUGGAAAAAGUGGAAUGUGUUUUAAAAUGACCACAUGCUUGUUUUCUCCUGUGGACUUUAUGCAAAUGCUGAACUUAAGAUCUCUGAACUCCAUUACUUAAGUCCCGGUGAAAUGUAUUACUCAUGCAUUUGCCCCUGCUGUUCUUUUUUUUAAUUUGUAUGCACUUGAGGUGUGAUGUCUACCAGACUACCCGGCUCUCCAGUUCAUACUGUAGUAUCUGUAUCACAGCCAGCAGUGUAACGUAUAAGUGUGUGUGUAGAAAGGGUGUGCCAGUUGCUAAGAGGUGUUGGUGUCUGAUAAGAGUGCUGUAAGGAGAGACGGGGAUAGUGGGGGAGAGGGGAGAGGGGAGAGGGGGUGAGGAAGUCUCAGACAGACAGACAGACAGACAGACAGAUGGCAGCUAACAAAUGUUUUCAGGCUGGUGGAGGGCCCAAUUAAAAGCUGACUGCUUUGACAGUCUGCUGGUGUGUGUGUGUGUGUGUGUGUGUGUGUGUGUGUGUGUGUGUGUGUGUGUGUGAUUGUCAUUGAGCGUCAGACUGACGAUGAAUUAGUUCCUGGCAAAUGUAUGAAAGCAUUUUGUGAAUACCCAUCAUUUUGAACUGAUUGUUUAUGAUUUGUAAU